CCGCCCAGCGCCAGUUCGUGACACUCUAGUGAAGCAACCUUACUCCUCUCUAACUAAAACAAUACGCGACCAACGGAAAAGUUUACAAGUAUAAAUAAAGUUUAAAAUACGAUUAUAUACUAAAACAAAUUUACCGGAGCUUCGGUUGUUUCGAAUUCGAAAAGUGACUUUACAAGCGGACUUAUGAAAAACAAACUAGGAGUCGAAUUUGUGGCAAGUGAGAAAUUCAACGGCGACCUGCCGAUGAACGUUGUGGGACAGCGUGGCCCAAAGACCAGCUCGAGGCGAGGGUCCAUUACUCCGAAAAUUGUGGUGUGUCCACCAAUGGAGGAAAUCACAGAACCGAUUUCUGCACCAAGGGGCGGAAGGCUUCUCAAAGCUUUGACCAGAAAAUUAUCAAGACGUGGAACCGACGCGGAUUCUCUAGGCAGCUCUAGCAGUAGUGACAGUGUGUCGUGUGAACAAGGCAGAUCCGAUGACCGGUCCUCGUGUUCCGCCAGCGACUCCAGCAGCGACGGCUCCGAACGCCAUCGCCGCCACCGCUCCACAGUUUCUUUAAGAAAAGUGUUCCAAAGCUUGAACCUAACCUCCCGUUCCCAGUCUUGUUCACCAACAGAACGCUCCCGCCAGCCGAAGAAACAAACACAGCCAAAACGGAUUCUUCGACCUCCAGUCACCUACACAUAUGUCCGCGGCCUUUCUGGCUUACCGACGCAGAGGGUACCUCGCCACACAGUUUAUUGUUCUACAAUGGGCCUCAACCGAUAAACUGGUAAUAUUAGCUAUCGCGUACCUUCGGACCGAUCACGGGCGGAGUUCAAGACUGGUUAAGAAUUACGAGUAGUGUAAGAAGCGCUAGAGAUAUGUUCUCACCAUAUCAGUAGAUAAAAAUGCUGAAACAAGAGUGACUGAGUCGAAGUAACGAUGUCUUCAACGAGGACCAAGAUGGAAGCAGCGCCGGGCGUGCGAGCCCUGCAGUGCCCCGCUGCCCGCUGCACGUUGAGCUGUGAAGUUUAGUUCUACAAAUACUUAAGGGACAAUUUAUAAGACUGGUGUAAACCGAUUCGACGUUUGUUCUAUGAGUCUGUUGACAGUAUUAUUAGGAAACACUUUAUCUAGACUUAACUGGGUACUUGUCAUUAUUUAUCAAAUUGCACCCUAAAAUACGAAUUCGUUAUUUUAGUCUUUAUAAUAUUUGAAAUCACUAUAAGCAUGCAUAUUAAGAUAAUUUAAUGUACUAACAACACCUACUUAGAAAAUGUUUGUACUUACUGAAUUGAAGUCACUGAUAUGAUUGUAACAUACUUGAACUUAUUUAAUAUUUUAUGUUAUUCAAGUAUAGUGCCUUUCCAAGUUUUGAAACUAAGUAGUUCUAGUUAUAUGUUUACUAUUAUACUAAGAGUUGUGUACCUUAUGAUCACAUUAAUGCUGGGUUGAAUGGAAUUUAAAGCAUUUUACAGUGUAACAGCACAUUUCAUAGUGUACCUAAAAUAAUGAAAAUCUAAUCAUCUCUUUGAGCCAUUUCGAAUUUGAUAUACCUAGAUGGACUAUUUGUCUAUGGAUAAGUAAUGAUUGUUCAGUAAACUAACCAGUUGAUAUGCUGUAUACCGUAGAUAGUCUAAAUAUUAAAUCAAUUAGAUAUAAGUCAUUUUUAUUGCGAAGUAAUAAACUUUCGUAUUCAAUAAAAUAUU